AUGUGGGCGGGUUCCACGUGUCUCGCUCGCGGAUGUGGCAAGAGAGGUCAGUCUCUCACUUAUGACUCACUCCUUGGCACCAGUACGGAUGCCCUUACAAAAACUUUCAUUCCUAUGCUGUCGAUUGCCCCAUUCCCGAACAAAAUUUGGAGUACGGUCGAGGAUUCCACGAUGACAACUUCAUCCGAAUUUCCUGGUCUUUAUCACAUCACAGACACAUCACUUAUGUAUAACUUGCUAUCAACGAUGACAGUGGAAGAGGAGCCGCUAUGGUUCCAGCCGACCGACCAAUUGCGUUCGGUACCAGCGAAGCCCCUUAACCGAGUAUUGCCGAAUCCUGUACGAGCUGAGGCAACAACUAUUCAAUGUCGUUCCAAUGGUAGUCCUCGCGUUUUGAAGGUCCAGAAGAGUUGGCCUCCGAUGGGAACGUUCCGUAGUACAAAACCAGUGAAUCAAACUCCAAAGCCUAACGUUCUACCGAAAAGCGGCGAGAAAGCUACCGGGAGCGGGUGCUACACUGGAGGGGAUUGUGCCUAUUGUAGAAGUGUGGGCAAGCCGUCAUGUGGGCAUUUAAAGACAUCGUGCCCCGAACUGUUCGCCCUGAAGCCGUGCACUCUCUGUGGAGCUGAUGGCUUUGAUAACCACACCUUGAUGCACUGCCCAUCUCAACAGAAGAUCAAGUUGGAGAUGAAGGAGGACCAUCGCCUUAGAAUGGACAUGCGUCAAGCCGAACGGACCAUGAGACGUAUUGCCAUCUCGAACGGUCGCAGUCCUGCUAUGUCGGUGUAA